GAGGCGCUACCGCGGGAAGCAGCCGGCCAGAGAUGUUCCCGGAGAGGCCUCCGGGGACUCCAGGCCGCCGAGAGCCGCGGCGCUGGGGGGGCGCUUCGUGGACCUCGAGCCGACCGUGCAGGGCGCGAGUGGUCAUCGGGAGGAGCUGCCGCGGACGCCGACGGUGCCCGCCGCGACCCGCGCGGCUGGGAGCGGCGCCGACGACGACGGCGUGGCCGACGCGUCCUUGCCCGAGUUCCGCGAGGUGCUCAAGGCGAUGGCGACCGAGCUGUUCAGCGACAGGUCGAACGCGGUGUUCGACGAGCUGCCCGCUGCGGACCGCAGCGGAGGCAGGGCCAGCGAGAUCCUGCCGAUGAAGGCGAAGCAGCCCGACGAGGUCGUCUACGCGCAGAACGUCGAGAUCUCCAGCGCGCGCCCGGCGCUGGUAGUGGUCGCUCGGUGCAGGGCUUGGGGUGCCAAGCGCGACAGCGACGCGCGGGCAAUGCAGUUCUCGGUCGACGGCGCGCCGGCGAAGCUGGUCCAGAGCAGGUGCGACCCCAGUGUCUGGAUGGCGUUCGCUGCGGCGGGGCCGAAGCUGGAGUCGGACCGCCUCUUGCUCGGCCCCCUUCUCGUCUACGUCGACGAUUUCCUCUGCUUGGGGCCCGACGGGGCGUUGGACGAGCUGGAGUCGCUGCUGAUAGCUACCUCGGCGCGCUCGGUCCAGAGCCGGGUCGGCUGGGAAGCGCCGGGGAAGGUGAUUUACUUGGGCUUGGAGAUCGAGGCGCGAGGGUCCGAGCUGAUCGUGCACCAGGACCCCCACCUGGACGACGCGCUCCCCAUCUGGGGCCUGGGCGACGCCAACGGCGCGCGCACCAUCGCGCUCGAGCCCGUUCCGCCACCUCGCGCGCCGGAGGAUGGCGACGCUGACCCAGCAGCCGCCCGCGCGGCCCAGCGGAUGGCAGGAGGCUUGUUUUGGCUUGCUACAAGGUCGUGCCCCGACGUGUCUCUCGCGACUUCGCGUCUCAGCAGCUUUGCAUGCAGCCAUCCCGUUUGGGCGUUGCGGCAGGGCAAGCGUGUUCUGCGGUACUUGAUCGGCGCUCGUGGCUUCGCCCUGGUGAUCGGCUGGGGCCCCGACGACCCGAGUGCCAGCUGCGCCGAGCUGUCCUCCCUCAGCCUGGACGUCUUCGCAGACGCCAGCUUCGAGACGGAGACCGCUCAGACGGGAGUGGCAGUUUUCUGCGGUGGCGAAUUGAUCGACUGGAGGGGCCAGAAGCAACCGCAGGUGGCCCGCAGCACCGCCGAGGCAGAGAUCACUGCUUUGAACAUGGGCGUCACGAUGCUCGAGGGCGCGGAGGCGACCAUGGCCAUCGUUGCAGUCGGGCAGGGCAGCUGGCGCACGCGCGCGCUUGCUAAUCGAGCCGCAGCGCUCCGCAGCCGGGUAGGCAUGGGAACGCUGCUGCUCAAGAAAGUUUCCUCGGAGGAGCAGCGGGCCGACGGCUUGGCCAAGGUGUUCGCCGCCGCCGUGAUGGGCCGCGUCCGCGUCCACUUCGGCCUGCAGCUGAUCGUCGAGCUGCUGGGCCGCGCCGCG